CGCGUAUAUAGUACCAUCAUUGCUCAAUUAGACACAUCCGGUACGACCUUAAGUAGUGAACUUUAUAUAGUGACUAUGUUUUAAUUGUUUCGUUAAAAUGUCUCAGAUCAGUGUAGUGCAGUAUAAUAAUUCGGUGCCUCAAAAAAUUCUUCAGCAACAAAGUGCCAAUAAUGACCGGCAAAUUAUUAUUUUAAGAAAACCUACUGCGAUCCUGCCCCAACCCAAAGAUGAAAUUUUGCUUACCAAUCCGGGACGUAAAGGGCCAAUUAAAAAAGACAUGAAGACGAAUCCUCAGCCGAUUGCAGUGGCCAGAAGAAACGCGCGGGAACGUAACAGAGUCAAGCAAGUCAAUAAUGGAUUUGCCAAUUUGAGACAACGCAUUCCCAAUUUUAUCGCUCAGGCCUUUGAAACUAACAAUGGCAGAGGCAACAAAAAAUUGAGCAAAGUUGAAACUCUACGGAUGGCUGUAGAGUACAUCAGAAGUUUAGAAGACGUUUUAGCUCUCGAUGGCUACACUCUACCCAACAACGAAGAAAACACUUGCCCAUCUCCGUUGUCUCAAAAUAACGACUCUAGCACAUCUCAAAAUGACUUAAAUUAUAAUUUCGAUGACGACGAAGACGAUUUUUCUUCAGUAGCCACUCCAUCACCUCAGCAAUACAUCAGAAUCAAUACAUCAAACAACACAUUUGAAAUAGUACCAUCUUUGUACGAAAAUUCCGAAAACAUGGACCCAAUGUCCGUAAUGUCAGAGCUGGAUUUGCAAAGCCAAGACCUCUCUUACUUGCAAGUGAACACCACGGACUCGCUAAGCCCCGGCAUGUACAGUGAAGGUUCUUUGAGUCCUCAAAACGACUCCAAAGUCCAGGAGCCGCUGCCUCAAAACUGCUUCAUACCAGUGUUUGCUACAGGAAGGAUAAGGGAAAAUUUUAAUGUUCAAGUCAAGACGGAACUUGACGAUUUGCCUGUGUUGAAGGCCCAAGAUCAGGAGAGUUUGCCUCGAGGGAUGGAGGUGGUGAAUUGGUGGGACACUAAUGCUGGAGGACAGCAGAGUAGCUAGCAGGAGUGAUUUUAUUCAUAUAAAAUUAUUAUAAGGAACCACAACUAUUUAAGUAUUUAUUUGAUCUCAUCAUUCUAAAAAAAAAAAAGAAAAGACUAAAUGGAGCGAGUUACUAGUCCAUUAAUUUAUUUGUAAAUAGUGAUAAGGUAAAUCAAAAUUUGUAAAUUAUUUUUGGUAGGUAUUUGUAGUUUUAUGGAAUUAUUUAAAUAAAUUGAGCUCAUUUUGUAGGCCUAAUCUUUUGAUUUAAUUAUAACUUUUAAUUUAAAGCAUCAAGUGCCUAUAAAAUUUUAUAAUGUAAAUUAUUGAUUUUUUUCUCAGGAGUAAUUGGCGGA